GCCAUAUUGGAGCAGAAGCCGACUCCGCCAGCUCGCCCGCCGCAGCAGGGGGGACGCUGGACCCUGCUGCCUCCGCCUCCCUGGCUGCAGCCCAGCGUCGUUCUCCAUGACUCCCUCCGGUGCGCUACAGCCCCGGUGCGGCUAGGGCAGAGGCGAGAGCGGCUCCCGUCCCUUUUUCUGCUCCUCCUACUCCCUGUCCCGAGUUGUCUCCGAGCCCCUCUCCCCGCGGCGGGCCUCUGCCCUCCCGCUGCCUCCAGCCAUGACUUCCCUGACCCAGCGCAGCUCCGGCCUGGUGCAGCGUCGGACUGAGGCCUCCCGCAGCGCCACCGCUGACAAGGAGCGGGGAGCGGGAGGCGGCCCGGAGGAUGAAGGCCGCCGGGACGAGUCCGGCGACGACGAGAAGGGCGACUCCAAGGAAACGCGGCUCACCCUUAUGGAGGAGGUGCUGCUCCUGGGCCUCAAGGACCGUGAGGGUUACACAUCAUUCUGGAAUGAUUGCAUCUCCUCAGGAUUGCGUGGCUGUAUGUUAAUUGAAUUGGCAUUACGAGGGCGUCUUCAGCUAGAGGCUUGUGGAAUGAGGCGCAAAAGUCUAUUAACAAGAAAGGUGAUUUGCAAGUCAGAUGCUCCUACAGGGGAUGUUCUUCUAGAUGAAGCUCUGAAACACAUAAAAGAGACUCAGCCUCCCGAAACGGUACAAAAUUGGAUUGAACUGCUUAGUGGUGAAACAUGGAACCCUUUGAAGUUGCACUAUCAACUAAGAAAUGUCCGUGAACGGUUAGCUAAAAAUCUAGUUGAGAAAGGUGUAUUGACAACAGAGAAACAGAACUUCCUUCUUUUUGACAUGACUACACACCCUCUCACCAACAACAAUAUCAAACAGCGCCUCAUCAAGAAGGUUCAAGAAGCAGUUCUUGACAAAUGGGUGAAUGACCCUCACCGCAUGGACAAGCGCUUGCUAGCACUUGUUUAUUUAGCCCAUGCCUCAGAUGUUCUGGAGAACGCUUUUGCCCCUCUUUUGGAUGAGCAGUAUGAUCUAGCCACAAAGAGAGUGCGUCAGCUUCUGGAUUUAGACCCUGAGGUUGAAUGUAUGAAAGCCAACACGAAUGAGGUGCUGUGGGCUGUUGUAGCAGCUUUCACAAAAUAACGGCAUUCAGACUGAAGCAUUCUCUGUUCUUUCAUGUGAAGCAAUUGUUCCUCUUCUAUUGACUAUCCAUAUUUUCUGUAAUUUGUACCUUCUCACAUGAUGAAUUGGCUCUUGUUUAAUGGGAAUUAAAAGUGGUGUAUUCCCUCCUUCUCUGUGUAUCUCUAUACAGGAUUCUGCUGAUGCAGGAAACCUUCCUGUUUAAAAACAACAGAAAAACGUUUUCCUGCCAUAUUGGCAUUCCAUUUCCUAUUCAGUUUGAGUUAUCUGAAAUACUUUGUUUAAUCUAUUUUUCAUUGUAUUGUUAUUGAAGUGCUUUAACAUGGAGAGCACCUCAAGGAGGGAAUACGCAUGCAGCUGGAGCACUAGUCUCAGCUGGCACAGAUAUGUGCAUGCAUCAGUACUUCAUCACAAAUCAAAAAGGGCCUUUUUAAAUCACCAAAGCUCCACGUUGAAGUGUCUGUCAGGACAUUUUAUACAUAGAUGUCAUUUCAGUUACAUCUAACAAAAUUACUUUCAAAACAGAAAUGCCAUUAAACAGCUCUGUCAGUAGUUCCUGUUAGAUGCCCUUUAAAUCUUACUUUACAUACAAGUCUCUCGUGCACUUAUAUUUUUGUUAGAACAAUAGCUGAGACGUAUGGCUAGUGUAGAAAGGUCCAAUUGUUUCACAAACCAAUUUGGGGAUGAGAUACAUUCCAUUGUACUGUAUAUAUCGUUCAAAUGUAUAUUAACUGCUGCCCCAUCUUAGUAUUUUGCAAGAUCUACUUAGUUGUACACCUGAUGCCCCUUAUUUGCUGUUAGCCAUUGCCGUUUGAUGGAAAGGCCUCCUGUAAAGCAUGUUUAUCUGAAAGCUGUUUGUUGCCAGUGUUUCAGGUAUUCUCAGUCUAUGCAUUGCCUUUGAUAAUUAGUGUACUGAAAGAAACCGUUUUCUAUCACUGUUUGUACGGUUUUUCCCCCCCCCCUCCUGUAUGGACGGUGCUCAUGACCAGUACAAUUCUUGAGUGCAGUCUUCAGUUUUGCACACAAGUUAAUGUUUGUCUCUUAAACGUCAAUUUACUUUACACUUCAGAAACAAAAAGUCAUUCCUAGCAGGUGUUGCAUGUGAACAGUUAGCAAGUAAUGCCUCCAGACAAUUAAGAUUUCUGUAAUGGGAUGCUCUGCUAUAUUUUAUUUAUCUAUACAAUUACGCUGAUUAGCACACUACUGUAAGCAAAAAUCUAUAUAUAAAUCUUUGGCUUUUUAAAAUUUGUUGCCACUUUGCCAGUGCUUGUUACCUCCCAUUGGUUUCACAGUGUAAAUAAUAUACAUUGAAAAAAACAAAAGAACAUUGAUUUCUAUAUUUUUCUUUCCUCAUCACAAUGCAGAUUUACAAUGGGGCUUACAGGUGUUUAGAAACUUCUUUGGUUAAUAUUCAGAGCAAGAAUACUAGAUGGUGUAUAACUGUAGAGUUGAAAUUUAAGGGAUCCCUUAAUCUGUAUACUAGCUUUUUACCUACAGUAAAUAAACUAUGAUCUUGAAAGUGCCUGAAUCAGAGCAAGCAUGUAAUUUUUAUUUUUUGUUGCUAAUUAGAAAUGUUUUAUUGCUUAACUGAAAGCUUUAGUUAAUAUCCUUCUUAUUAGAAAGGAAGAGUUUAUAUCAAACUGACCUAAUCAGCAACAUUGCUCAGAUCUGCUGAUCGCAAAUCACUCAGAGUUAGCUUGUGAGUGUGCAUCUGUGCCUGUUGUGUGUAGACUUCUCUCUUGAGCACAACUCUACAGCCUCAUCUGUGACUGGACUUCCAAUUUUACACUUCUUUUUCAACCAUAUAGACACUUAAGUAGUUGACUUCAAAAUACAGCUUAAAUUCAUCAUACCAAUAUAACCAUUUUUUACUAAAGGUUUUUAAACUAUGGUCCUUAACAUUUAAUGGCACACUGUUCUUUCAGUUCUUAAAUGCUGUUUCUUUAGAGAAAUGAAGUUAAAAGCAUAUUGUAAGAUAUUUUGAACUCUUUAAGUUUACAAAUAAAAAAGAAAAUAGAAACUCUCAGUUGUAAGAUGCUGUAUUAAAUACUUUGAGGAGCUUGGGCAUGAACUGUUAACAUCUUUUUAAACAUCUCAAAAUGUGAUUUAAGUGGAGGUAAAAUUAAGUUGCUGUGUUGCUCUUACAUUUGACAAUUUACAGAAUAGCUUAUGUACUCAAUAGUAUCUCUAACUCACUACUUUGCUUUCUGAGAGGAUAAGUAAUUAGGUUUACAGAUCAGAAAACAGAGUAUUCAGGAGCAAGUGAAGUGCACAGAACAUUAAAUGGCUUUGAAAUAUGCUUUAGACCAAAAGUGUCUUUCAUAGUUCCUUUUCUGUCCUCUCAUCUUCAUGCUGAGAAUAUUUUCCAUGUUCCUGCUGGUUUCAUGUUAGGUUGUACAAAGUACUGUGAUUUUUGUCACCCUCACAGCCAACAUGAUUAAAAAGAAAUCACACUUUUAAUUUCCCCCAGACAGAGAAUUUGGGGUUUUGUGGUCUAUUCUUCCUCACCCCCAAUAUAGAAAAUAACUGCCAACAGUAUUUAUCAUCUUUAUUUUGUUCAACAUAGAGCCUCUAUGGCUGGGGAGUUGUGUCAAAGAGCUCUAAUGUAGGUAAUGACGGUUUUGUGAAUAGUGGUAAUGUCUUUUGCUAGAUUACCUGGUGUAAGCCUGGAUGCAGGGGAUGAACUUUUGGAGUCUUGGGUCUUAUGUCAUGCUUUAAAAAACCAAAGCCACAUGAGUGCUACCAGACCUUACGUAUUACAAGGAAGAUGAGUUUGGUAGAUUAACAGGAACUGAUUUAGCCAACAUCCUUGCCUUUGUUGCUAUUUCAGGUUCUAAUAAAACAGUUAAAUGUUGGAAACUGCUUUGUUCUGCUGAGAUUCAGGUACCCUUCCUCCUGUGAGCUGCUGCUGCAGCUCAUGGAGACCUGGUUUUCAGACAAUUUUGUCUGCUCCAAGUCCUGAUCUCUCAGUGGCUGCUUGAAGCAAAGACUGCUAUCUGUAGCCUGAACCUGAGCAUGUGCCUCAAGGAAGGAUGUAUAUUAUUCAGGGACACAGUCUUUUGAAACAAACUUUGAAGUUGAUGUCAAACCAGAUUUUGAAAGCUAAACUCUCAAGUAGUGUAUAUAUGUAGUUUUACAGUCCUUGAAAUUUACAUCCUCCUCUCUUGUGUUUGUAAAAGAAUGUUACAGUGCUCCUGUAAGGGAUGUUAGUGAAACCUUCCUGCCGUACACGAUGCUUUCAAGGCAAAGAGCUGCAUCAAUUGCCUAUAAAAGCCUGGUGACUGAGUGCUUGCGUUCAUGCCCAUUUCUCCUACAAAGAUAUGUAUUAACUGAUGUGUUCUCUGUGAACUGGACUGAAUCUGUACUGAAACAAAAUAAAGCACCCUUUCAAGCUG